AUGCGCGCAGGUCCCCGCGCUCCCCGCGCACAAGCUCACGCGCAACCUGAUGUCGCGCAAGCAGAAGAGCGUCACGCGCAUCUACGGCGGCGCCAUCUGCGGGAAAUGCGUGCGCGAGAGGUGAGGCGCGGGGAGCAAGGUGGGAAAGAGGGAGAGAAGGCGGGAGAGGAGGGGAGCGAAUGGGAGGGGGAGGAGGGAAAUGGAAGGGGGUCGCACGGGGUAAGACGGAAGGGGAUAGACGCGGGAUGCGCGGUGCGCGGGGUGCUAGAAAUGAUGCGGGUGAAAGAGGCGCCAGAUCGCGGGAGAAUCAUCCGCGCAUUCCUGGUGGAGGAGCAGAAGAUCGUAAAGAAGGUGCUCAAGCUGCAGAAGUCCAAGGAGAAAAUUGCAUCCAAGGUUCCCGCUUAA